AUGAGCAGCCUCGUCCGCACGGCGCUGGAGCUCUAUGCCGAGCACCGCCGGGAGAAAUCCAAAUUCAAGCGCUUUCUGAGCUGGCUCACGUUCCUCUCGCUCUCGAGCUUCUUCUUCCAUCCCGACGGCAUGGUCUGGGUCAUUUUGCAGCACGCGCUCACACUUUUGCAUCACACGGCCGCGCUCGUAGUCGCGAGCAACUCGAUCUCGGUGGUCCUUUGCCUCGUUCUCUCGACGUUUUGCGCUGGCGCCCUCCUGCAUUGGCGCCACGACACGCGAGGCGCAGUGCAGCGCGUGCGCACCCCGUCGUCCAAGAAGACCAACAAGCGCAGAGAUCGAAAGGCGCGGCCCGCAGUUUUGAGCCCUCGCCGCGCGCCAGCGUCGCCCCGCAUUACACUCGUGUCGCCGCCGCAGACCCCAAAACUGGCCGAAGUCUACUUGAGCACCACGGCCAAGCUCCCACAUUUAUCGUCUGCGCAAUCGAGUCCCGUGCUGAUCAAAAGUACCCCCGAGCAACAAUUGCCAGAGGUCCGUCCAGCUAACGUCGUCAAGCGCCGCGAGAGCCCACGCAAGGUCCGCAGUCCGAAAGCAUCCAUGUCCGUCACCACCGUCCCGAACCCUCCCGUAACCAAGUACACGAAUGAAAAGAGCAGCAGCCAGCCCCGCCAAAUCCCAACGCCCAAGCGCAAGACUGCACCGACCAUUGAAGCCAACAACGCUAUUUGCAUCAACAGCACCAGCAACAACAACAACAGCAGCAACAACAACAACAACAACAACAGCAGCAACAAUGACAGCAGCAGCAACAACAAUGACAGCAGCAGCAACAUCAGCACAGUCUUGUAUCCCAACAAGAACGACGAUAACACCAAGAACCAGAGUGAAAACGUAAACAACUGUGAUGUGGCGCCGUUCGUGAGCGCCUCGUCGCAGCCAUGCGACGAGCCCCAACGCGACGACGACGGCUACAACGUCGCACGCAGUGCCACCGACGAAUCGUGCGCGACUGAGACCAACAAGCAGUCAGUGCCGGAAAUCGACGAGCCACCAGCCACAUCCAUGGACGAGAAGCCGGCGGCGGACGCCGACGAGCCGCCUGCCACGGAGAAGAACAAACUGGUAGCCACGGAAUCAGACGACCAGCCGAGCCAAGUUGAACCCAGUGAUGAACCACAAGGUGCAACGCCGGAGAUCGUGGUGCCGUUUACAAAGGUCGAGCUAUUUGCGUUUCUCGCCGAGCCCAAGCUGACGGUGCCCGACAUUCGGCGCCACGUGGCGUCCGGUGCGAUCGAUCAUGCGAUGGUGACCGCCAUGUUGCCGGCCGAAUUUGCGGCCGCCAAGAUCCCGCAGCUCGUCGUGCGCAUGCUUUCUAUCACGAUCAUGUCGAUGCGCCCGCGCGCGCUGUCGCCACCGCCGUCUUUCACUCGGUCGACCUCGGCCCACGUGGCACCGCCCCCGGGCUUUGCGGCGAUCGGGACACCGCCGCGUACGUACCACGCGCCGCCGCGCAGUCGGUCGUUUCCAGUGACGAAAAGCCCCAGCGUCCAGGAGCUCAACCACAUGUACGAGCGCGACAUGGAGCGCAUUUCGAACCAAAUGACGAUGAACGUCUUGGAUUGAUGACACUCUAA